AUGGCUUCCACAUCAGCUUUGCCUCAACUGUCACGGCCAGCCGCCAACCCCCCAACCGUGGCAUUGCCCCCUCUGCCCAAUCCUAAACCGAGGAAGAGCACCCCGGCCGCUGGGGAAACACCACGAUCAGCUUCACCAUAUCAACAACUUUCCAAAUUGCGAACUCCAUCUAGCCCCAAACCCUCCUCGGCCCGAUCCCCGCUAUCGACUUCUAAUUCCACCUCAAACCUCAGCACCAUUCGAUCCGCCUCUAGCGGCCGAGCCCCCGGCAGCCCAGAUAAAACGUUACGCCGGACUAUCAGCAUCGCCUCAUUUCCACAACCACCCAAGGCCGGGGGAAGUCGUCCCUCCACCGCAUCUUCCAUGUCAGGCAUCACCGCAAACCCGGUAGGGGGUGCCAAGCCUAAACGAAGCUCGCGACUGAGCACAGGAACCACCAGUAGCUAUCGAAGCUCUAAGACCCCGUCACUUUUGAAUGGAAGUGGGGAUGGAAACUCCAUCAUGGCGGUUGCGCGGGAUCCAGACGGGUCUCCGGGCCAUAGCAGAAGCUCAUCGGCGCAAGGUUCCUCCUGUUCGACUAGUGCGACAACAUUUGAAGAUGCCGAUGAUUCAAAAUCUACCAAGCCCAAGGAGAUCAAGGGGAACGUCAUUGUCAGUGUGCGCGUUCGUCCGGAUAUUAAUCAGGGGGGUGAGACCCCAAGAAACCAUGGAGAGUGGGUGGUGGAUGGACGUCAGAGUUUAAUAUCACAUCGAGGGAAAGAUGGAGGGGAUUAUUAUUAUGCUCACGAAAACAAUGCCAAAGUGUAUGAUUCGGGGGCCAAACGCCUUGUCCGGAGGGUCAUGGAGGGAUACCAUGGAACGGUGUUUGCCUAUGGUAUGACAGGAACCGGCAAAACUUUCUCCAUGCAAGGUACUGCUACCUCCCCGGGUGUGAUCCCGCUCGCCAUCACCGACAUUUUUUCCUUUAUCCGAGAAACCCCCCAUCGAGAAUUCCUCCUUCGAGUCAGCUAUCUGGAGAUCUAUAAUGAGAAGAUCCAUGACCUUUUAUCCGCCUCAACCACCACUGGUCCGGCUGCGCCUCAGGAAGAGAUCAAACUUCGGGAAGACAGCAAACGGGGAGUAUAUGCAACCCCACUCAAGGAGGAAAUCGUGCAGAGCCCGACGCAGCUUCUUCGAGUAAUCGCCAGGGGAGAUCAUGCGAGAAGAACGAGCAGUACUCAGUUCAACGCACGGAGUUCUCGAAGUCAUGCGGUCGUUCAGAUCGUUGUUGAAAGUCGCGAGCGAGUGCCAACGAGCAAUUCGCAGGAUAAACGCUCCGGUAUUGCCCCGGGUGGCGUUCGGGUGUCGACUUUAAGCUUAAUUGAUCUUGCUGGUUCCGAGCGAGCUGCGGAUGACAAAGAACGCCGAACUGAGGGAGCCCAUAUUAACAAGAGCUUGCUCACCCUCGGCAAUAUCAUUUCCAAACUUUCUGAUGCCAAGGAUAAGCAAGGAAAUCCAACGGACAAGGAGGGUCGGCAUCUGCCCUACCGAGAUAGCAAGUUGACACGACUACUUCAACCAGCCUUAUCGGGAAAUUCCCUCGUGAGCAUCCUCUGUACGAUCCAAUUGGUCUCCGGCGUGAAUGCCCAUUCGGGAGAAACUCUCAACACGUUGAAAUUUGCCGCUCGAGCGAAGAACAAUAUCGUCAGUCAUGCACAGAAGGCAGAGGAGGCCUUUGGUGCCGGAGGGGCCGACUCUGGCAGUCGAGUCCUGCUUGAGCGAUAUCGUGUGGAAAUUCAAGCUCUCCGUGGUCAGCUCGAUUCCCAAGCCAAAGCCCAGGCGGAGAAGGAGAUGAAGUGGGAUGAGCAACAGUUUGAAAAGGAGGCCCAAGCGCGUCACGAAGAGCAGGUUUUGGAGAUGCAGUUGGCCCGGACGGCUUUGAAGGAGCGGAUUGAACAUCUCAACCGAUUGAUUCUGAGCUCCAAGUCCACCGGGGUCAACAACCACAACAGUCUCUCUUCUGCAUUCGGCCGGCUAUCACGAAUGUCCGCUACGGAUGGUGGAACCCGUUCACUGCGAUCAUCAGCCAGUCAGUCCACAUUGGGUGCUGGUCAUUCAUCUAUUAGACCAAUGUCUUUUAUGUCAAUCAAUAGCAAUGACCCUUCGGGGGUCAUGCCAUUUCCAGGUGGAUCAUUCGGGAAUGAUGAUGAGGAUGACAUGGGCGAAUUUGGUGAUGGAAAAGCAAGUCUGCAACGACAAGUCACUGCGUUGCAGGCUGACUUGGGUGACAAAAAUCGAUAUAUCUCUACACUGGAGCGCCGGCUGUUGCAAGCGCGACGCUCUAGUCAUUCACGGAUGUCAGUCGGAGUCAAGUCUACCAACUCGACUAUUGUGGAGCAUCCGGACCUGAUGUCCCUGCUUCGCGAAAGAGACAUGGAAAUCAACGAGCUGCGCAUUCAACUUGACGACAAGGAUCGAAUGCUGGCAGCCCUUCGGUCUGCCGCCCGACACCGUGACCUAGCUGCUGUGACAAACGACGGACAGUCGCCGGAAUUGAAAAGCAAAGAAGAGGACUCGACUGCCUCUGGCGGAAAUAGCCCAUCGGGGACUAAUGGUACGAUCGAUAAGCUCGCCAGUCCCCCGGGCCCCAUCCUUCCUGGCAGAGGUGAAAAGGAUGAUGACCGAAGGAAAAACAUGGAUGAGGUAUCCAGAAUGCUGGAUGAAAUGAUUCAGGGCCGAGUUGAAAGUGGCCAGUUUGAGAAAAGCCCCUUGGGGCAUAUCAAGAGAGCAUCUGGGGAUAGUCGCCGAGUAUCUGUGUCGGCUGAAGUGCCAGGCUUGAAUCCUGCAGGCCAAGCUCCAUCAAACAUAACCCCCAAUUCUCCCUCCAAGCUAAGAUCAUUGAGUGAUGGAUGA